CAGUACAACAGUAGCUCAGUGUCUCGCAGUGCAGAGGACGACUCAGAGGAUUUUUUUAGGGGACACUAGAAAAAAACAAACAGAGGCUGUUCUCAGCUGGAGGAUAAUCAAAGACAGUCCGAGCCUGCUUACUGCUGGGUCAACAUAUAUGCCUUUCUCACACUUUGUGUAUAACAAGCUGACUGGACCCAGUUCCGUGUGGCAAAGAUGGGAGAGCAGAGAUCAGUCCAGCCCCUCCUGCUCUUGCUGCCCCUCCUGCUGCUCCUCGCCAGGCUGUCACAGUUGUGGGCCUUCCCCUUCAGCUCAUCUCUGGAUUUGGAUGUCACUCCCCGGACAACUGUCUUCUCAAAAGGUCUGCUGGGCACCGCUCGCUUCACUGGCUUUUCCCAGAACUAUAGCACCUUCCUGCUGGAGGAACACGCUGGGCUGCUGUAUGUAGGAGGCAGAGGAGCGCUGUAUGCGCUCAACACCUCCAACAUCACUACACCUACAAACCUCAUUAUUAAUUGGGACGCUUCGCCUGAACAGAAGAAGCAGUGUCUGAACAAAGGCAGAGACAAUCAGACAGAGUGUUACAACCACAUUCGCUUUCUGCAGCGAUACAAUGAGACUCACCUGUACGCGUGUGGAACAAACGCCUUCAGACCGCUCUGUGCUUACAUCGACGCAGAACGCUUCAACUUCUCCUCCGGCUUUGAAGAGGGCAGAGACAGGUGUCCCUAUGACCCGGCAAAGGGUUUCACAGGCCUCCUUGUGGACGGCGAGAUGUUCACGGCCUCUCAGUAUGAGUUCCGCAGCUCUCCAGAUGUGCGCAGAAACUCCCCGUUCCCCUCUCUCAGGACAGAAGAGGCCCCAACUCGGUGGCUUCUGGAGGCAGAUUUUGUGGGCUCUGUGCUGCUGAAGGAGAGCAUCAACAGCUCUAUCGGGGACGAUGACAAGAUUUACUUCUUCUUCACGGAGAGAAGCCAGGAGCAGAUUGCCUACCCGAGCCAGACAAAAGUGUCCAGGGUUGCCCGAGUCUGCAAGGUCAGAGAGAGAGAAAGAGAACAAUAUUAACCAUAUUUACAUGAUUGGGUCGAGAAAGUUCAGCCUUUGAAAAAAAAAAACAAAUAAAAAAAACAAGGAGAUGAGAUUUAUUGUACCUGCAAGGUUAUGGAAAGAAAGCAUUGAAAAGAUGGAGUGAGGGGUCUUUUGAAGUGAGGGGUUAUUUUAAUGCUUUUCAUUCUCAAUACAGAGUGAUGUCAGUGGAUUUCACUGAUUGUGGCUCUUUCUGUUGCCACUGUUUCCAGGCAAACUACAAGCCUACCAACCUUACUAACCCUCUCUUCCUCUUUUGAUUGCCAUCUCCCCCUCUUCGUCUCUUCCUCCUUCUGCUCUUCUUUUUUUUCUCUCUCUCACCAUCCUAGACUGCAUGCCCAGCCACCAUUCAUAGAAGUCUCUCUCCCUCUCUU